AAGGCUUUAGGGCUAAAUUCUUCACAAAGUCUCUGCAACUCUGAGGCUAAAUUGAUUCAUCAACGACAACAACAUAGAAAUCAAGAUGCCUCGUACGACGACAUUGGAGUGCCCAGGUUGCCCUCCGCUUCGCGCUCUGACAUUCGACGUGCUUGGUCUCAUCAAAGUAAUUGAAGCUCGGAGUAAGGAAGGAGGGGCUGCUAAGGUGGUAGAGAGGUGGGGCGAACCCGACUCAUCGAAAUGCGUGCUUGCUGCUUCUAUGGUUGACCGCAAAAAGGACCCAUUGUUAGCUGUUGCAAGAAAAAAUGGCACGAUUGACUUUCUCAAUCCUCUUAACGGGCAUCUCCGUUUUGCCAUUUCUAAUGUCAGUGAUACCGCGAAUCGACCUGAAGAUGAUCCUAUUUCUGGGUUGCAUUUAUUUGCAAGUAAAAAAUUGGAUUCAGAAUAUGGGUGUUGCACUUUGCUUGCUUGUACGAUGAAAGGGAAAGCAAUCAUGAGGUCUUACGAUAAUACCUUGUCUCCAGAUUUGAUCUCUAGUGGAUCUACAAGGACUUGGGAUGUGUGCAGUUCUGGUAAUAUCUUAUGUUCUAAAGUGGAUGGAAGUGAAAACUAUGUGUUAUUUGGAGGGAAGGGAGUUGAAAUGAAUGUUUGGGAUCUCAGUGAGUGUGCUAAGAUAUGGACAGCGAAAUCUCCUCCUAAGAACAGCCUUGGUAUUUUUACACCAACUUGGUUUACAUCUGCCACAUUCCUGAGUAAAGAUGAUCAUCGUAAAUUUGUUGCUGGUACAAACAGCCAUCAGGUUCGCCUCUAUGAUAUUUCUGCUCAGCGCAGACCUGUUAUGUCAUUUGAUUUCAAGGAGACCCCUAUUAAAGCAGUAGCUGAAGAUCUAGAUGGCCAUACAAUCUAUGUAGGAAAUGGGUCUGGCGACCUUUCUGCUUUUGACAUGCGUACUGGGAAAUUGUUAGGAUCUUUCCUCGGGAAGUGUUCUGGAAGCAUUAAAUCAAUAGCGAGGCUCCCAGAGCAUCCUGUAGUGGCAUCUUGUGGACUGGAUAGCUAUCUACGUCUCUGGGACGUAAAGACACGACAACUGCUUUCUGCGGUUUUCCUGAAGCAGCACCUUGUCCGUGUUGUUUUUGAUUCCAAUUUCACCAGCGAAGAUGCCGUCGGUUCUACGCGUGAUCCCUCAGUUGAAGAAGCAGAAACUGUGAACGAAUAUGAAAAUGGAGAUGAGCAAGAUACCCAACCAGUGAAGAGGAAGAAAUCAUCUAAAGAGAAGAAAGCAAACAAGAAGAGUAAAAAGAAAAGCAACAGCAAUGAAACAUCUGCGGACGAUGAAGGAACAAAGAAGAUAAAAAAAUUCAAGUCCAAGAAAAGAUUGAAACGCGAGAUCCCUGAUGAUUCGUCAUGAUGUAGAUGGAUUAAAUGCUCGCGCGAUAAAAAGAGAUAAAAAUUAGACCUUGCCAUGGAAUAUGGAUUGUGACUGGAAGGACUUCACAAGAGAAGCAAAAUGUGAAAGCCAGUUCAGUGCUGACUCACAAGCAAUGGUGCAAACUUUUCCAUGUUUUCCUUUAGUCGCUUGAGAGAGUAGGGGAAUUGAAUUUUUGCCGAAAUAGGAGUUGUAAUUUAUUUCUCAGCUUAUACUUGAAAAGCUAGGCUUUGUAUGUUGUUUUGUCAAGAGAAAUUUCUCUACUCAUUUUUGUUUAUUUAAGCGUUACAACACUAAAAUAUUUACUUUUCUUUUGGUGCUAUAUAAUAAUGCGUUAUAACUUGAA